AUGGCGGCGGCCGCGGCUCCUCCUCCCCUCAAGAUGGCGAGAGCUCGGGCCGGACCCGGGGCUUGGGCCGCCUCCUGCGCCGCCGCCGCCGCCGCCCCAUCUACCGGGGCCCGAGUCCUCGCUGAGGAGAAACCGGGGGGCCGGCGCCCCCACCCCGGCGGAGCCGGGGGCCGUGUCGGCGCCGGCGGCAGCUGCAGAAGUCGGGGCUCUGGGGCCGGGACAUGGGACUGCUGGAUAGGCACAGCAGGCUCGGGGACCCUUGCUGAGGGGUGUGAGGGGGACGGGGCGCGCCCCCAAAAAGGGGCGCCGAGGCGGGCAGGGCGAGAGCGCGAGGUGGGGGCGCGGGCGAGGGGCGCGGGGCUGAGAAUUGGGACGACCACCGACCUGAUGCUUCCCGGUGGCGGGGCCGCCUGCUUGUGGAGGGAGGCACCUCCGCUCCUGGGCGGCCGAGCUGCAACCCUCCCAGCUUCCAGCCCGGAGGUGCCCGCUCCCCAUCCCCCACCCGCGCACCCCGGGGCGGCUGAGCGGCCUGUGAGGCGAGCGGGCGAGCGGGCGAGCUGCUCCAGGGACUGUGAGCUGCUGAUUUGUUUAAAUUUGCGGCUCAUUGCCACCACCUUUUUAGAGCCUCCCAGCCAGAGAAAAGCCACUCAGUAUCCCAGGGCAGGCAGGCAGCAGGUUCACAUUCAUGCUGCUAUGAACUAUCAAUUCACCCUGGACAUGGAGGCCAUCAGCAUAAGCUUGGGCGAUCUGUUUCCAGAUUUCAGUAACUAUAGCAACCAUAGCAAUGAGCUGCUGGAGCCAGACGAGUACUUAUGCCCUGAGGUGGGUGGCUGGGCAGACCAGCUGGGCCUGAAGGCAGUUUUUGUGCUUUUGGCCUAUAGUGCCAUCUUCCUCCUGGGCAUGAUGGGCAACACCUUGGUGCUAGUGAUUCUGAAGAGCCAUCAUAUGUCCCGAAGCUCCACAGAGACCUUCCUCCUUCACCUGGCUGUGGCCGACCUCCUCCUCGUGCUCACCCUGCCCUUCGCGGUGGUUGAGGGCGCCGUGGGCUGGGUGCUCGGGGCCUUCUUCUGUAAAGCGGUGAGCGCCCUACACAAAAUCAAUUUCUACUGUAGCAGCCUGCUCCUGGCCUGCAUCGCCGUGGACCGAUACCUGGCCAUCGUCCAUGCGGUCCACACCUACCGCCACCGUCGCCUCCUCUCGGUCCACGCCACCUGUGCCGCUGUUUGGCUGGCCAGCUUCCUCUGUGCCCUCCCCGAGCUCCUGUUCGUGAAGGUCAGCAACAGUGGUGCCAACAAUUCCGCCACUUGCAGUUUCUCUGGCCAAGGCUUGGCGGGCAGUAACGCGUGGCUCACCUCACGCUUCCUGUACCACGUGGGGGGCUUCCUCAUCCCCCUGCUGGUGAUGAGCUGGUGCUACGCAGGGGUGGUGAGGCGCCUGUGCCAGGCCCAGCGGAGGCACCAGCGGCAGAAGGCCAUCAAAGUGGCCAUCCUGGUGACGGGGGUAUUUUUUUUCUGCUGGUCCCCUUAUCACGUGGUCAUAUUCCUAGACACACUGGUGAUGCUAGACGCUGUGUCCAAGUCCUGCCAGCUGAAUGACCACCUGGCAACAGCCAUCACCACAUGCGAGUUCAUGGGCUUGGCUCACUGCUGUCUCAACCCUGUGCUUUAUACCUUUGUGGGUGUAAAGUUCCGAAGUGACCUAAUUCACCUGCUGGGGAAGCUGGGCUGCAUGGUCCCUGCUGCCCACCACCGAUUCCUCUCCAGCUGGCGCAAGGGCAGCAGCUCAGAAUCAGAGAAUGCCACUUCUAUCACCACUUUCUAGGGUCCCAUUCUUUCUCCCCUUCCAAGGGUGGAGAGGAUCCCCGUCCCUCGUGGGGACUGUAGAUGAGGCUGUGCAUUGAAGUCUGAGUAUAAGUAGAUUUUUAUGGGCAUGGGAGAUUCGGACAAACCCUCUCCUUUGAGGGACUUCUCCAUCUGUUCCAGACCCUUGAGGCCGGAGAGUUGAGCCUGGGAUGGGGACCCAGAGACAGAGGCAGAAGCUUGAAAUGACUCUUACCCAGUUUGCUUAGCUUGAAAUGAGGUAAAGGGCGUCACAUAGCCUCCUCGGUCUUCAGGGAUAAACUCUCCAGUGAGGUCUACAAAAGGCUCAGGACCCUGUCACCUUUAUUCCCUGCAUUGUAGAAAACUGUACCCUGGUCACCCUCAACCUCUAAGAAGAAAAGAAUUCAUUGUCUUCUAGGAGAGUCCACCCUCACAAACCUAGGCCCAGAGACCAUUGGGCAAAGGGCUCCAGACGAGGUGGACCCACUUGAUAUGUGGGCAGAAACGCUUCCCGCUCUCCCCUGCUCCCCUCCAUCUGUCCACCCCCUUAAUUCUUUCAGCCCCACUCCCCCUUAGCUUGUUUCACAACCAUGCCAUCUGAGGGCCCUCCUCAAGCAAACAGGGAGCUCAGACUGACCCAUUCAGGCUCCUGGAAACCCUAAUCUGGCUGAAGCUGCCUUCGGCCUUGACCACGGGCAUCUCCAAAGCCUCCCUAGCUCAGCUCAGCCCAGGUUUAGGUAGGGCUGGAAACUUCUGAGUUGUGUGAGGGCUGAGUUGGCAUCCUGAUGCUGGCCAGAAAGAUGAGAAAUGUCUCAGGCCGGGGAUGAGGGAAAGCCUCACCUGAAGGAAACAGUUCUGAUCAUCUGCACAGCUACCGUACGUGGGUAUCUGUGGAGGUGGGGAUUGGGUCGAGGCUCCGACUUGCCCUGGGGUCAGGGUACAGACUUGGAAUACCUGCUGCUAUCUACCCAAUGGACAAACUCUAUUCCACUCUGGAAUUUAGGAAAGCCACCCUCCCUACUCCCUCCCCUCCCAGAAGAGGAGUAUAUUCACGAGACUGUCCUGACCUUGGAGAAGGGGUUGCAGCCCACCAAUGACGAACAAUAGGACUUUGUCGAGGUUCAGUGGUUAGAGAAUCUUCUAGAAGGAACAAGGCCAGCAAAGAAGGUCUGUUGGAAGAGCCUUCUGGAGGUUAUCUGAUCAGACUGGUGUCUGACCAAUGCUACCUCCAAGCCAAGAACUAAGGAUCCUGGGUAGGGAACCCCUAUCUAGCUGGUGAUUCUCUGAGCCUCCCAUUCGACUGUAAGCUCCUUGAAAGCAGACUGGUUUAUUGUUUCUUUGCUUCCUUUUGUACCCCUAGUGCUUAGUACAGUGCCUGGUACAUAGUAGGCACACAAUAAAUAUCUACCAAUUAAUCAGUUGAUAUGCCUAAUGUGGAUUCUGGUACAGUUCCUAAACUGGCAUCCCCUCAAAGGCCCAUGCCCAGAGUUGCUGGUACCUAGAAGGCAGAUUCAAGCUUCAAAAGGAGAAUGGGGGCAACUAGUGCCCCAGCCUCCCAGGACCAAGAGUAUCUCUGGUAAGGGAAGUGAGGGGGGAAAG